UGACUUCGUGGACGUCGUUCCGAUCAACAUUGUCAUUUACCGACCGAUUUUGACAGAUUUGAAAGAAAAACAAGCUCCGAAGGACCAUUCUUACCAUUCUCUAAUUUUAUCAUAGUUUUCGUUAAUUGUUUCGUUUGUGCUGACUAUAGUGCGACUAGCUUCAAUUUGUGAUUCUUUAUCUGAAGAUUAUUGGUGUUUGAACUUCUUGGUAAAAGAUCUGCGUAUGGUAAACGAAGGAUUUAUCCUUUUGUAAAAUGAAAGAUCGGAGAUAAUACAAAAUGGUGCGAAGUCGCACCCCCUCUCAAGGGGGUGGUUCGCAGGGUUUCGAAAUGGAAAGAAAAUAUUCAGUGCCGUCCAAUCCAGAAUCCCGAGCCUUUUCAGGAGGUACGGCUAGCGAAGAUUUACAUGCAUGGUCAAUAUACAGACAAAACCUAAACUCCGAUUUCACGGAUAGCGCUCUUGGUUCGACGGAUAAAAGUCCACUUCCUUAUGGCAACUUUCAGUUGCGUGAUACCACAGUCCAGUCCAUUUUGUCGCAUCCUCGUUACGGACCCAAGUCAGCGCUCGGUUCCAAUAUGUACACUUACUUGAAGUUCGGACUUCCUAGGGUUUUUCCUCCUAAUCAUAAUGGGUCCAAUAGAUCCGGCACGCCGCAGCAUUUCAGAAGGAACUCCUCCACUAGACCGCAUAACAGGAGUUUAAAACCAGGAAGCCGCGGCCCAAGAGAUGGCAGCUCCGGAUAUGACAGUUCGGAUAAUGAAACCACCAAUAACUACAAGCACAACAGGAAAUACCGUUCUGAUCCUGAUUUUCGAAUGCAGAAUAUGUACCAAGGGGAAAGCCCAGGUCUACCAAUUGCAGCUAUGCACCAAGGGGGUAUAAGACAUUCUGGCAACCAGUGGACAGGCAGAAAUAAGAGCAUCUCAGAAGCGAAUUUGUUAAAUACAGAAUAUAGUAGAUCUUAUCACACAAUCGAUCAGCAUCACAUGAGGGAUCCAAGAAGGAACAGCGUUGCUGAUUUUGUACAUCAUCAGGAUGUAGUGGACCAUGCCAUGAUGGGUCACAUGACUAGGCCAAUGUCGAAGACUGAAAGUCAUUUUUCUAUACCACCUUCACGAAGAGGACCACCAUCAGUUUUAAGAACGGACUAUUUGAACCAUGACGAAGAAUCUGGUACAGCUUUUAUGUAUCCUCAUUUGCAGGUGUGUGGUAUAGGCGUCUUCCCCAACUCCAACACAGCCUGCAACUCUCGUAAACACCUCUUGCUCAACGAAAUAUCCUUCGAGAUCAGAGGCGGCGAGAUAAUGGCUGUCAUGACGACGUCGGAGGAAGAGGGCACGGCUCUGCUAGACGUGCUGGCCGGUCUGAAGUCCCCAAUACUAGGCAGCAUCGUCUUAAACGGACAAACAGUUAGGGCGCAUGGCUUGAAAUCUAGAGUGGCUUAUGUGCAAAGUGAUUUGAAUUUGUGUAAAGACUUAACGGUGGUACAGACUUUAAGGUUCCAUUACGAUCUCAAGAAGCCUACCGAUAAGUUAGGGUAUUUGAAAAUUGAAGCUAUGGAUCGAAUAAACGUCCUCAUAGAAGACCUCGGUUUGGAACAGGUAAGGGACACCAAAGUAUCAUCGAUGACGGUAUCAGAGAGAAGAAGACUGAAUGUAGCUUGUCACCUCAUCCUAGACACAGACAUCGUAGUGUUAGAUCAGCCCACAAGAGGUAUGGAUAUCUUCGACACCUUCUUUCUCGUAGAAUAUUUAAAACAAUGGGCCAAUGGUGGCGCUGGCAGUACUUUAGGAAGAAUCGUUAUUAUCACCAUGCACCCACCGACUUAUGAAAUAUUUACGAUGUUGUCCAGGAUACUGUUGGUGUCAGCGGGAAGGACCAUGUUCAGUGGGAGAAGGAGGGAUAUGUUGCCAUAUUUUGCUUUAGUUGAAUAUCCUUGUCCGUCAUUUAAAAAUCCUUCAGAUUAUUACCUUGAUCUCGUCACAUUGGACGACCUUUCAGCUGAGGCCAUGCUGGAGUCAUCACAACGAAUAGAACAAUUAGCGGAGAUAUUUAGGCAGAAACAGGAACCUUUAAGUGAUCCCGGACCACCUUCAUCUCUACCAAUGACAGUGCGGAACGCAAAUUGUUUUGUAGCCGCCUUUGUUUUAUUUACUAAGUCUAUUAUCUACACUCAAUCAGUCACGUUUCUAAAUUGGUUGAUGGUAAUUAUACUCUCUGCCAGUCUAUCGCUGAUCCUCGGUGCAAUAUUCUGGGACAUUCCAACCACGGAUUCCCAGUUGAUCCUGAACGACAGACAGGGUUACCACUAUAGCGUAAUGUGCGUGGUACAUUGGCCAUUACUCCUGAAUCUGACCAUUAUGGAAAUUAGAAGAAACAGAAAAAGUGUGGAGAGAGAUAUCAAGGAUGGGUUGUAUGGAAGACUGACUUAUAUAAUUACCAAGUCAAUAAUCAAUCUGUUUCCAUCCUUAUUUGUUUGGCUAGUCUACGUUGUGCCAAGUUAUUCAAUGAGUGGACUUUAUAUGCAAAGUCUAAUUAAUUAUGAAGGAUUCUAUGUUUAUAUAGGUGUCAUGCUACUCUACCUAAGCUGCCUUCAAAUAUUCCUAAUAGCCUUCAUCUACUUAGUACCAUUACCAAAUAGUAUAACAGUGUUUUCGUCGAUGAUACUGUCAUUGUUUUUCGUUGUAUCAGGCUACGUGCUACAUCUUAAAGAUAUACCAGGUUAUCUUCAAUGGAUGCAGAAGAUCAGUCCAACCGCUUGGUUGAUUCCGUAUCUUUUAAAUAGAGAACUAUCCCCGGAAGCGAUCCAAAGUUUGCAGAGUACGAUGUCUACUUUGUGCAGAAACAAGCAGAUCCAGCAUCAAGACAUCAUCGUGCAGUUACCCUGUCCGCCCCCCAAUGGAACGAACAAUCUAAACAGUUUUGGAUACCUGAAAAACGACCAUUUGACUUUCGAUUACGGCGACCCUGCCCUGGCGAUGACCGUUUUUUACGUCGCGCUACUGAUAUUGGCUUGCUCAGCGUUCGCCAUGAAUUUUUACAGACAUGGAAGGAACUUUAAACGACGAGGGAAUAAUGACGCCAACAAACCUUGAGAUAGUUGUAAGAUAUUUUCUGUAAGUGCCUUUUAUAUGUUUAUUAUAUCUAUUGAUAUUAAAAUAUUAUUUUAUAA